AUGGGAGCCGUCGUCUCUUGUAUCGAAUCCAUCUGCCGCACCAUCGGUAACUGCCUCAUGGCCAUCGUCAACGGCAUCGCCUCGGUCCUCCAAGCAAUCAUCGGUGCCAUUGCCAGUCUCUUCGACAUCAUCAUCUCGUGUGUCACCUGCGGCCGCGGUGGCGGACGCCGAAGACGCGGUACGAGUCACGUCUAG